AUAUAAGCCUGUAGAUCUUCUUUACCUGGAAGUUUCAGAUUAUAAGUGAACUAUUCUUGUUUUUGUUUUUCUUGAAAAAUUUGAGGUGACCCAUUUGAUAUAUAAGUCAAAACUGUGUGUUUCGUUUGAAAUUUCUUGGUCUUGAAGGGUUUGUCAUCAAUUUUGUUGUUUCUAAUUUCGGGACAUAUUAGUACUGUACUAGUUUAGGGCAGGGUGGGUGAGAAGUCUUUCCAAAGAUGGAAAGUUCAAGAAAUAAUAGGAAAGUGGAGAAGAGGGCUUUUGAUGAUGGUGGGGAGGAUCAAGAUGAUGGUUUGCAUCAGUCAAAAAGGCCCAAGUUACCUGGUUUGGCAAGCGUGAUUGUGGAGUCUCUGAAGGUUGAUAGCUUGCAAAGACUUUGCUCAUCCCUGGAGCCUCUCUUCCGCAGAAUUGUAAGUGAAGAGAUUGAGCGAGCUUUGACAAAAUUGGGCCACGCCAAUGCGAUUGAAAGCAACAGCUCUUUGCCGCCAAGUAUUAAAGGUCCAGAAGGAAAGAAUUAUCAACUCCACUGCAGGACCAGGAUGCCACCUCAUCUAUUCACAGGUGGGAAAGUAGAGGGAGAGCAAGGAGCAGCUAUUCAUAUUGUCUUGCUUGAUGUUAGCACAGGUAGAGUUGUGCAAACUGGACCAGAAUCAGCAGCCAAACUGAAUGUUGUGGUUCUUGAAGGAGACUUUAAUGAGGAAGCUGAUGAAUUGUGGACAGAAGAACAUUUUGAAAGCCAUGAGGUCAAAGAGCGUGAAGGGAAAAGGCCACUUUUAACUGGAGAACUACAAGUAACUUUAAAGGAAGGGGUUGGAACUCUUGGAGAGCUUACUUUCACUGACAAUUCGAGUUGGAUAAGGAGCAGAAAGUUCAGGCUUGGCGUCAAAGUAGCUCCUGGAAACUGGGAUGGGAUCAGGAUUCGCGAAGCUAAAACAGAGGCCUUUGCUGUUAAAGAUCAUAGGGGAGAAUUAUACAAGAAGCACUACCCACCUGCUUUGCAUGAUGAAGUUUGGAGAUUGGAUAGAAUAGCGAAGGAUGGGGCACUGCAUAAGAAGUUGAUGAAGUCCGAAAUUAUAACGGUGGAAGAUUUCCUUCGUAUUCUUGUUAGAGAUCCACAGAGACUAAGAAAUAUUCUCGGGAGUGGUAUGUCAAAUAGAAUGUGGGAUAACACAGUGGAACAUGCCAAGACAUGCGUUCUAGGAGGGAAACUUUACAUCUAUUAUGCAGAUGGAGUUCAUAGCGCUGGUGUUGUCUUUAACCACAUCUAUGAGCUUAGAGGUCUAAUUACAGAUGGGCAGUUCCUCCCUCUAGAAUCACUCAAUCACAAUCAAAAGAUGUUAGUGGAUGCUCUGGUGAAAGGAGCAUAUGAGAAUUGGAAUCAAGUCGUAGAAUACGAUGGCAAAGUCCUCAAUGAUUUGUCUAUGAGUAAGAAAGGAACACAAGCUCUGAUUGCACCUGCUGCUGACCAGAACCUUAUCACCAAUCACUAUUACCCACCUACAGAGAGCAGGCAGCAAUAUCUUCCUUCUGAACCAAUCCCGCAAGAACAAAAUAAAAUGAACAAUCAAAUAAUCCAUCAGUUGAUUGAAUUUCCAUUCACAAGGUCUGGGACAGUGGAAGGGAUAAGUAUGAGUUCUCAACAAGCUCAUUUAUCAGGUAACAUAGACUAUGGAUCAGCUGGAAUUUCCGGAGUAGGUGGAUCUUUCAUCUCAGGAGAUUGGUCAGCUGCACGUGAAGGACAGGGUUUUGGAGACUUUUUCUCUGAAGAUAUUCGCUUGAGGAGUUCUGAAAUGUUGGAGAGUGAUGACAUGCAGAAACUACUAAAGAACUUUGGUAUGGGUUCUACUUUUGGCCAUGCUGAUGACACAUCGUACUGUUACAACAUUCCUUAUGAACAGCAUCAAGUGAAUAACACGUGUGAGCAAGAACGUGGUCGGAGUUCAGGGAAGGCUGUUGUGGGAUGGCUCAAGUUAAAAGCUGCUCUGAGGUGGGGAAUCUUUGUGAGGAGGAAAGCUGCUGAAAGAAGAGCACAUCUCAUCGAACUUGACUAAGUUCUAUGUUUAUGAAUCAUCAUCUGUCUUUUCUGACAUCUAAUCUGCAGGGGAGAAUCAUCAUCCGUCUUUUCUGACAUCUAAUCUGCAGGGGAGACAAUGGACUGCUGAUCCCAACUGUUUUUUACUCGAACUGCUUGUUCUCGAAACCUUAGUGAAUAACAGGAAAAAGAACACUUAAUUGUCAUCUCUUUACUUUCUAGUUUUAAAGCCAGUCUUCAUUUUAUAUGGAGUGGUCUCUUUGUAUCUCACUUUUUGUGUUUUAACCAUAGAUAACAAACAAUUUCUCAAUAACACCCUUUUAUUUAUACUCACACUUCAGUUUUGAUAUGUAAUAUGAACACUGUUCAGCAUAAGUGCUUCACAUCUUUUGCUUGUUUUCAA